CACACUGUCAUCCUCACCGGCUCCACCGGCCAACUGGGCAGUUACCUCCUCGACACCCUCCUCAACACCCCCACCAUCGAGCACAUCUACUGUUUGAACCGCAACCCCAACGCCCAAUCCCACACCCACACCCUAACCCCCCUUCCCCCCUCCAAAGUCCACUUCCUAACCACCGACCUCACCAAACCCAACCUCGGCCUGCCCGCAUCCGACCUCCACCAUCUCCAAAACACCACCACCCUCAUCAUCCACAAUGCCUGGACCGUCAACUUCAACCUCUCCCUCCCAUCCUUCAUCCCCAACCUCACCGGCCUCAUCAACCUCAUCAACUUCACCACCACCGCCAAACACUCCCCCAGCCUCUUCUACAUCUCCUCCAUGAGCUCCACCAUCGGCCAUACCACUCCCACAGGCCUCACCCCGGAAUCCAUCAUCACCACCACAACCCCGGCUCCAAACGCCUACGCUAAUAGUAAAUACCUCGCUGAACAUCUCCUCGCUUACGCAGCCAGCCACUCGCCCCGCUUCCAUCCUGCUAUCGCCCGCGUCGGCCAAAUCGCCGGCCCGGUCCGUUCCCCGGGUCUGUGGUCCAAGGCUGAAUGGUUCCCGAGUCUGGUUCUUAGCUCACUACACCUUAACGCUUUACCUGAUGCCCUCGGACCGACUAUGGAUCGCGUCGAUUGGGUUCCUAUUGAUUUGUUGGCUGAGAUUCUCGUCGAUCUAGCCAUCCCUAAGGAUACCACCGAAGCUCAAGGAGAAGUAAAAGUCUACCAUCCUAUCAACCUGCACCCCAAGACAUGGAACGAUAUCAGACCUGUUAUCGCGGACGCACUCGUCCAACACUCUCCCUCUCUUACCUCCUCAGGUGUGGAAGGAAACAGUCUGGAAAUAAUCCCUGUCCGCGAGUGGGUACAGCGUAUUCGUCACGACGUGGAGAAUGCAACCGAUAGUACUAGUAAACUAGAUGAGAAUGAAUUGCAAGCUCUGUUGGAGAAGAACCCUGCUGCGAAGUUGUUGGAUUUCUUUGAGGAGGUUGUGGGGAUGCAGAGUGAUAGGGAGAAGGGGUGUGGGAAUGGGAAUGGGAUUGUGUUGGAUACGAGGAUUACAGCGGAGAAGAGUGAGUUGUUGAGGGGUGUGGAGGGUGUUAAAGAGGAGUGGGUAUUCAAGUGGGUUGGGGAGUGGUUGAAGUGA